GAUGACAGCCUUCGCCCGGUAACCAUCAAGCAGCUGAUCGAGUGCAAAGAAGCCUACCCGGGCGCCGACCUGGCCGUCGACGGCGUGCCAACCACCCAGGUGACGCUGGUCGGCCAGGUGCGCUCGGUCAACCCGCAGGCGGUCAACGUGACGUACCGCAUCGACGACGGCACCGGCGUCAUCGACGUGAAGAAGUGGAUCGACGCCGACAAGGCCGACAACACGCCGCGCUUCGCCCCCGACACCUACGUGCGCGUCUUCGGCCGCCUCAGCAGCUUCAACGGCCGGAAGCACGUCGGCGCCCACUACAUCCGCGCCAUCGACGACUUCAACGAGGUCAACUACCACCUGCUCGAGGCCACGUACGUGCAUCUGUGCUUGACCAAGGGCGGCUUGGCGGACCUCCAGCAGCAGCAGCAGCAGCAGCAGCAGCAGCAAGUAGGGGACGACGGCGGGGAUAGCAUGUUUGUGGACGGCGGCUAUGGAGCCGGCGGGGGUAUCUCGAGUGACGGCCCGCCGCGGCUCUCCGUCUGCUCGCGGAACGCGCGCACCAUGUACAACUAUCUGGUCAACACUCCGGGCGACAGUCAGCAUAUCAACCAAAUCUCCGCCGGUACGGGCCUGCCCGUCAGGGAUGUCUUGGCGGCGUCGGCAGAAUUGUUGGAUAAUGGGCUUAUCUACACAACGGAUGAUGAUGUGACGUGGGCAGUCAUGGAAUAG